AUGAACAUAGCAAAGCGGGCGAGUUCAUACAUAUGCAUUCGCUGCCUUUAUAGGCAAUCUCCAUUGUCAGCACGAUCCCGCAAAAAUGACAAACUCUCACGAGGUUUUGCUCAGUCGACAAAUUUGCCACAAGAGAGCCCAAACGAUGAUGAGGAUUCGGAUUCUAUCUCAAAGGCCAACGGACAGGGCCAAGCGGAGGGUAGAAUGUCGGGAAGAUUGGCACAGAUGACAAAUGAAAUGAUUGAACAAGAUGGUCGAAGUGCGAAGAAAGUCAUUAAAGAAGGAGGAUUCUCUGAGGAAUUGAAAAAGAAACUCGAGGCGCGACUGCAAGAGAGCUCUUUCAGAAGCGAGAACGCUGCUGCGUUUGCACAAGCCAGCUUACCAUCCAGCGCAGGCAAAGGAACCCAAGGAAUUGCCGCUGCUGAGCCUUGGGCAGGCACUGAACGUCUCGAAGAUGCUGCUCUACGCAUGCUCAACGAUGCUCACAAGCCUCUCCGCGGUACUGGUCCUCCAAAGAUCCCUUCGCCGCGCGGACCGCCCGCCAGCGUUGACAUGCGAAUGAAGAAGGCUGUACAGAGGUCUCAUGGGGAGCGCUUGGCGAAUGCUCGAGAUCGGACAUCUGUCUACGCACUGAGUCAAGAUGCAUCCUUGUCGGAGAAGGAAAGAGAGAAAAUGCGAAAGAUACUGAAGGAGCGUUUCACAGCUGGUGCUCGUCCGAUGCCAGGCUCGGUCCAGGGCCUUGCAGCGCUGGCCAACGAGCGAAUCGAAGACGCCAUUGCUCGGGGCCAAUUCAAGAACAUAGCGCGUGGGAAAGGGCUGAACGUCGAGAGAGACCAUAACGCCAACAGCCCGUUCCUAGACACGACCGAAUACUUCAUGAACAAGAUUAUACAGAAGCAAGAAAUUGUACCUCCAUGGAUUGAGAAGCAGCAGGAGCUCAUCAAAGCUGCAAAUGUGUUUAGAGCUAGACUGAGGGCAGAUUGGAAAAGGCAUUCCGCACGGGUGAUUGCCAGUAAAGGAGGAUCUUUGGAGACACAAGUCACGCGAGCAGAAGCCUACGCUAUAGCUGAAGCGGGCAAUAAUCCCAAGGCAACGAAAACAGAAUCGAUAACCAAGAUUGACCGUGAAGGACGAUUAUCUCAAGUAACAGUAACAGAAACUCCAACUCCAUCCAGCGAAACAACAGACUCUAAAAUCAGAGUCUCAGAGGAUCUAGCCAAUGAUUGGCCCAUAUCCCAACCAGCUCAAGCAAUAUCAGAGGUCACCGACCAUGCUUCUUCAUCCAGCGCUGAGAAUACUUUGCCAACCGCGCCAUCACUUCCCCGCCUGGCACCGUUUCGUGACCCCGCCUGGGAAUCCCUUGAACGCGCCUACCACACCCUCGCCAUCACCGAGAUCAACAACAUCACCCGCUCCUACAACUUGCAAGCGCCCGAUCUAGCCAAAAAGCCGUAUUUCUCUCUCGAACGCGAACUGCGCUCUUGCUUCGCGGACAUAGCACCGCAGCUGCCCAAUGAGAUUCGAGAGAGAGCUAGGAGGCCGGAGAAGAUCAAAGUGGAGAUUGUGGGCCAUAGGCCUGGUGGUGUGCUGGAGAGGUUUUCGAGUGAGAAGGUCAAAGUGUAUGAUAGUAGAAAGCCGCAGUACGGUUUCAAGCAGUUUUGGAAAGAUCUGUGGGGUAGCAAUGGCGUGAAAGCUUGA